AUGUCGUCCGACAGUCUUGCCAUGUUCCGUAAGAGCCUCGGCGAUGAGCUUGGAUCCCUCGCUGAGCAGCAUUACCAACACGAUCUUCAAUCAUCGGAUCGCGCAGCUCUCCAAACAGCAGCCUCCCGCGUUACAACUCACACAACCAUUGGCUCCAUCGUAGGCUUCUCCCUUGGCCUUUUCCUCUCCUUCCGCCUCCGUGCCAACAGAACCGCCAUGUUCAAUGCUUUCCGCACCGCUGAGAAGCCCGUUGCCGUACAAUUCGCUGGUGGCCGUACCGAGACCCUUCCUGACCUCACACCUAUGCUCAAGCCCUCUACUUUCGGAGACAUUGCCACAUACACACUCUUCGGACUUGGUGGACUGUUUGUCGGUGGUGAGACUGGACUGCUUACUGGCAGUCUGAGUGCACAAAGUGCCAUCAAGAAGGAUCCUGAGGCUAAGAGAAGGAUCGAGUCUGCAUUCAGAAAGUUCAGAGCUGAGACGCUGAGAUUCGAGGCCGAUCAGCUUGAGAAGGGUGAGAGAUCAUUGGGAUUGUAG